AUGUCUUCCUCGCAGUUCACCUCCUCUAUCUACCUGCUCACUUUUGCUCUUCUCCUCCAAACCAUAUUCGGAGCCAGCCCUCUCUACCAUGUCUGUUCCAGCUCUCACAAUUUCACAAGCAAUGGCCCUUAUGAAUCAAACCUCAAAAAGCUCUUGAGUUAUCUGCACUACAAAACCCCUCCCCAGGGUUUUGGCCUUGGUUCAGUUGGAAAGUUUGAUCAAUACCAAACUCACGGUCUUGCUCUCUGUGGCGGUGAUGUUAAUUCCACGGAAUGCAAAACUUGUGUGAACGAGGCCAGCAACGAAAUCCACAAACGCUGCCCGUAUAAUGAAGGUGCAAUUAUCUGGUACGAUAAUUGUCUUUUGAAGUACUCGAACAAAGAUUUCUUUGGCCAAAUCGAUAAUGAAAGCAGGUUCUACUUGUUGAAUGUGAGAAAUGUUAGUGAGCCUGAAGUAUUCAACCAGAAAGCCAGGGAUUUGUUGAGCCAACUAGCCAAGGAGGCGUCGACUGUGGUUCCCAAAAUGUAUGCAGUUGGAGAGGUAGAGCUCGGUGAAUGGACGAAACUCUACGGAUAUGCGCAGUGCACAAGAGACCUUUCGAGCAUGAAUUGUUUCAAGUGUCUUGAGGAUGCGAUUGGUGAACUUCCUAGUUGCUGCGAUGGCAAAGAAGGAGGGAGGGUUGUUGGUGGAAGCUGUAAUAUUAGAUAUGAGAUUUACCCAUUCUUUAGUGCUUAG